AUGAAUGCUAGACGAAAAGAUUAUCGAAUAACUCUCGAUCAUCGUCAAGUAAGGGAUGUUGUUUCCUCAGUUUUUCAUUCCUUGAUGGUCCAUAGGACAGUUGCAAAAUUCAACUAUCGGACAGAGAAUAAUUACGUUCUUGGAUCACUUGGUUUAACAGAAAUUGAUUGCAAUUGUAUUGAUCUUAGUUAUGUCCGGUUAAAUAGCCCUGGACUUACCACAAGAAUAGAAGAAGAAAUAGAAGCUUUUAGUAAAGAUUUAUAUGAUCCUUAUGCCUGUAGUCCUCGACGAACUCCAGUUGGAAGCCCUCUUGAUUCUGCUGAACCCUUCAUGACUACAUCAAUCGGAAUAGAAUUUUAUCAAAAGAAAAGAAGAUGGUCUUUGUCAGUCGAAAGUUCUCCUUGGGAACAAUGGUAUCUCAUUCUCGACAUAUUCAAAGUCACAUCAGAAGAUGAUUUCCAAAAAAUGCGGGAAAGUGUGGCAAGAUCUGUUAGUGAAGUCAUAUUGAAUGUAUGUUCAGUUAUCAAUAGAACACAAUAUGUUCCUCAAAUGCCAUCCAAAUCGGAGUUGAAUAAUGUGUUCGAGACAACAUUUUCCGAUUGUCAGCCUUAUCUAUUCAAUGUAAAUCGUGGUUCUUCUUUGCCCGGUCUGCCAACCAAAUCGUCCUUUUCCACUGUUCGUCGAUUGUUGAAGGAUUUUGCCAUGUAG